AUGCAGCGCUAUCAAGUUAACUCACCGACAACAACUAAUGUGUCGUCAGGCAAACACAAAUUUCAUGGCAUCAAGUUUGAAGUAGGAAUCCGACUGGAUGGCUACAUCGUUUGGGUUGGCCCUCCUCAACCAGGAAGCAAGCAUGAUUUAACCAUCUUUGACGAUGGAGAGUUGGCCAAUGAGUUACUGCCUGGUGAGAAGAUUUUGGCCGACUCAGCCUACGUCUCAAAGAACCACCCAUUCGUUACACCAAUUAAGAAACAGAGGAAUACCAGAACAGUCACCAAGUUCCUCACAGUUGAACAACGCAUCUAUAAUUUCCAGAUCUCAAGAUUGCGUAUCAAGAUUGAACACUGCUUUCCAAAGGUCAAGGCUCUCACGAUGUUUGGCUCCACCCUAUGGAUCACAGCGCCACCACCUCGAUCUAUACUUCCGCGCAGCAUGUGCCCUCAUUAA